UCAAUAAAAUUAUUGACAGCCGGUACGAAAAUUUACGGCACCUUUUUUUUUUAAACCUAUAGGAAAUGUGUGGGUUGACAAUUUUCGUACACAGUUUCAUCUAGAAUACAUGCAUAUUUGAAUAUAACUUUAAUUUAAGUUAACACAUUAAUUUGUCAUUGCCGUUUUCAAAAAUUAAUGUGAUGUAGUUGGCAAAGCAGAUUACUAUAAUGAAAUUCAUAAUAUGUGUUUAUCUAUUUCUCAUUUCAAUUGAUUUUUCAACCCCUACUAUUGCACCAAGUAAGAAGAAAGCGAAGGAAAAGGAAUUAAAAAUUAAAAAAGGACCUCAGGAUCUGAAUGUGUAUGAAAGAAAUUUAGUUGAAGAGGAACCGGCUGCAAAAGAAAUCCUUGUAGAAAAUGCCGCUUAUUACAAAGACACGGGAAAAAAAAAUUUUAAUGGAACAAUUUUGGGCUAUAUAACUCCGUGGAAUAACCAUGGAUAUGAUGUGGCAAAGAUUUGGGGAAAAAAAUUUGAUAUUAUUUCACCUGUUUGGUUACAAGUUCUUCGAAAAGGGGAAAACUCGUACAUUUUAGCUGGUGUCCAUGAUGUCGAUAUAAAUUGGAUGAAAGAUGUAAGAAAAGCAGGGAAAUCCGACUAUCACUCUCUAAAAAUCUAUCCAAGAGUAAUAUUUGACAAAUUCGGCGAUAAAGAUUACAAUAGGCUAUUGAGUUUUCCAAGCGAAAGGCAAGCUGUCAACAAAAUGAUUGUAAAAGCAUGCCAUGAUUACAAAUUUGAUGGUAUUGUCUUAGAAGUAUGGAUGCAAUUAGCUGCAAGAGUUGACGAUGAUGUUUUAUAUAGAUUAAUAAUAGAGCUAGCUGAUGCUCUUAAAAUUGAAGGAUACGAGUUAAUCUUAGUAAUUCCGCCGUUAAGAGAACAGAUGAAAGAUUUGUUUUCUUCAGUUCACUUUGAAAAGUUAUAUAACAAUGUUCAAGCAUUUUCAUUGAUGACCUACGAUUUUUCAUCUUUGCAAAGACCUGGAGCUAAUGCCCCACUCCACUGGAUGCGAACCUCAAUAGAAAAUAUUGUUCCUACAUCGUUGUCGAACUACGACGUCAAAAGAAAAAAAAUUCUUUUGGGACUUAAUAUGUACGGAUAUGACUACACUCCAGAUGGUGGAGGAGCUAUUAUAGGCAGUCAAUUUUUAGAUUUAUUAAAACACGUCAAAAAAAGAUUAAUAUAUGAUGAACAUGAUGUUGAAAACUUUUUUGAAGUUAAGACCCAAUCAGGCCGUCAUAUUGUGUUUUACCCAACACUCCAUUCCCUACAUUCCAGAAUAAAACUAGCUGAGGAGCUUGGUGUUGGCUUGUCACUUUGGGAAAUGGGACAGGGUUUGGAUUACUUCUACGAUUUGUUCUAAAAUCGUUUUUAUCUUCUCGUCCAAAUGUGAUGAUAUGUAUUCUAAAAUAAAUAUCCACAAAAAAUGCCUAAUUUAGUGUUAAUUUUUAAAUGUACUGUAAUGUUGCAAAUUUUAAUAUUAAAAAGUUUUAAGGAAAAAAAGAAAUACACUUAACGUUACAAGUUAUUUUCUUGGUGAAAAA